AUGAAGAAGAAAGUAUCUGCACUAGUGAAGCAGAUAAUAGCUGCAGUGAGCUCAAUUGCGAAGAAUAAAACUCUGGCCCUUAGGAGCAAAACCAGAGCCAUAAAGACUCGAAUCAUUAUAUUCUCGUUGCUGAACAAGAGGUUUGUGAUGAGCUCCGUCUCUCACAAGCUCCAGGCUUUGCUAGGGCAGCAGCAGCAGCAACACCACUACCCUGAAUCUGAUGAUGAUCAUCAUCAGGAAGAUCAAGACCAAAGCAAGGGCAAAGCCGGCGCAUUUGUAAUCAACCCAAGCAGCAGCAACAACGAUAUUAUUAAUGUUGUCGUAUCCCACAGAUCCCACCAGCACCAGCCAGUUGAUCUUAUUAUUAAUCCAACUGAUGAAGAUCACAUUCACAUUACGGCGGAUUCGGAGGAUAAUAUUGAUAUUGAUGAUGAUAUUGAUCAUGGGUACUUGCACCACUUGGUAGAAGCUCAAGCUCAAGCUCAAGCUCAAGCUCAAGCUGGGGAUCAUCACCUUGACGUGGAUAGAUAUUGUGAAGAAGAGGAUCAAUUCGAAUCUGUGAUAGAUAUUGUGAAGAACUCAAAGCAACAGGCUGGGCAGGAAUUCAGUCUGGAGGACGACAUAGACCACCAUCCAUGUGAUUAUCAAGCUUAUACAAUGGAGCACCCAAGCAAUGAUGACCAAUGCAAGAGUUCGGUGGUAGUAACAUAUGGCAAUCAAGUUACUGAUAAAGUGAAAGAAAGGUCAAGAGACCAAAGAGAACCUCUUCCAGGGGAGCCUAAAUGUGUUAUAUGUAACCGUUAUGGUGAGUACAUAUGCGAUCAGACAGAUGACGACAUUUGCAGUUUGGAAUGUAAACGGACUGUCCUCUGCAGGGUUGCCAACACCCAAUUGCCAGUCAACCUACCACCUCCCAAAAGAUUAACUGCUACUGAUGAGUGCUUUUAUGUUCGAGAUUCUGGUAGUCAAUCAGGAUCUGUAUUCUUCUCUAGUGACCAGACUGAAUUGCUUAGAAGCAGACUUGAAAUUCAUGUGAAGGGAGACUUAGUUCCGCUACCUAUCUUGUCCUUCUCUUCAUGUAAUUUUCCUCAAAAGCUCCUCCAAAAUAUAGAGGCUGCAGGUUUUGAAAUGCCAACACCUGUCCAAAUGCAAGCAAUCCCAGCCGCUUUGAGUGGAAAAAGUUUGCUUGUGUCUGCUGAAACAGGGUCUGGGAAAACGGCUUCCUUUCUGGUUCCAAUUGUUCAUCUUUGUGCAAAUUUUCGCUUUGAGCAGUUUAGAGACCGGAAAAAGCCAGUAGCAAUGGUUCUAACACCAACCAGAGAGCUCUGUAUACAAGUUGAGGAGCAAGCUAAGUUGCUCGGAAAGGGUUUGCCUUUUAAAACAGCACUUGUGGUUGGUGGUGAUGCGAUGGCCAGACAACUUCACCGCAUUCAGCAAGGAGUGGAGCUCAUCGUGGGAACUCCAGGCAGGCUAAUUGAUCUUUUAACGAAGAAUGAUAUACAACUGGAUGAUGUAAAGAUUUUUGCUCUUGAUGAGGUGGACUGCAUGUUUCAAAGGGGAUUCCGAGAUCAGGUAAUGCAGAUAUUUAGGGCUCUAUCACAGCCCCAGGUUUUACUGUAUUCUGCAACGGUCUCCCAAGAUAUAGAGAAUAUGGUAAGCUCUAUGGCAAAGGAUGUUGCUGUAGUCUCCGUUGGCAAGCCCAACAGGCCAAAUAAGGUUGUGAAGCAACUACCUAUCUGGGUUGAGUCGAAGCAAAAGAAGCAAAAGCUGUUUGACAUAUUGAUGAGCAAGCAGCAUUUUAUGCCACCUGUGGUGGUUUAUGUGGGAUCAAGAUUGGGGGCCGAUCUCUUAUCUAAUGCAAUUACUGUCACCGUUGGAGUGAAAGCUUUAUCAAUCCAUGGGGAGAAAUCCAUGAAGGAGAGGAGAGAUAUAAUGAGGUCAUUUUUAAUGGGCGAGGUUCCUGUUAUUGUAGCCACUGGGAUUUUAGGCCGUGGAGUUGAUCUCGUGGGUGUAAGACAGGUAAUUCUGUUUGACAUGCCCAAUUCCAUGAAGGAGUAUGUCCAUCAGAUUGGUAGGGCAUCUAGACUGGGAGAAGAGGGUACAGCAAUUGUAUUUGUAAGUGAGGAGAAUAAGAACUUGUUUCCAGAUUUGGUUGAGAUUCUAAGAUCUUCUGGUGCAGCUAUACCUCGGGAGCUUGUUAAUUCACGGCAUAUGACAGUGACACGCCCAUUCUCCAAUGGCGGAGGCCAGAAAAAGAGGAAGCAUGAAUGA